AUGGUAAUUGGGCUUUCACAGAUCCUAGGACUAUAUCAAUUCCCGCUGUUCGAACGAAACAGCUCGGAGUUCAAGCAUCAAUAUGAUAUCCUUCAGGGCAGAUUAUAUGACGGCAGGAACCGGCAUAUGACUGCUCUAGAAUUUGUCGCUGAUAUCGGCACUGUCGAAACGCCAGUCGAAGGCGAACUCUUGAAGUGGUUUAACCUCGCAGAAGCCUGGAAUGCUGUACUCCUCGUCGAUGAAGCUGAUAUCUUCUUCGAACGACGACAAGACAGAGAUCUCGCUCGGAACGGAUGGGUAUCAGCCUUCCUCCGGCGAAUGGAGUACUUCAAAGGUCUCCUCUUCCUGACCACCAAUCGCGUCGGCCAAAUAGACGACGCUUUUAUAUCCCGUGUCCACAUCGCAAUUGGAUACCCAUCCCUUGGCGAAGAAGCACGUCGUAAGGCGUGGAACGGCUUUUUCCGGAAACCAGUUCGUGACCGAGCGGGCAAGAUCCAGAUCGCCCCAAGACGCGAAGGCAUGGGUUCUGGAGACCGCAGGCGAGACGCAGCUCAACGGGCGGGAUAUCCGCAAUGCAUUACAAACGGCUAUCACACUGGCAGAGCUUGA